CGUUGUUUGAUCCAGACAGGUAGUCUGAUUCCUGUCUGCUGUGCGAAGACGUAGCACACCUGUACAAUACAUUUUUAAGUGCGCCGUGAUUACCGUAAAUUUUUUAAAUCCCGCCCUCCAUUUGGUAGAAAACUCUGAUGUUGCUUGGUUUUUCCACAAGGCUGACCCACAGGACGGGGAAGGAGGGGGCGACUGGGUAGAAAACACUAAAAACGGAGUAGCCUGGAAGGGGUCGGGGCUAAUUUUCCCUGAGCAGCUCAUCCUGCUCCCCCCCCUCUUGUUUUUGCUUGGAUGCUGGAGAGGCCUUCCACACAUGUUCCACUAGAGCCCCGUCUCUGAGCGCAGCGUGAUCCCUCACCUCUUCUACCAAACCACGCCUACAGUGUGUAUGGAGCAGUGUGAGAACGCAGCGGCUCUGCUGGAGUCAGUCAGGGAGCAGGAGGUGCAGUUUGAACAGCUGAGCCGGGCUCUGGAGGAGGAGAGGAGGAGAGUCGGCCUCCCCGCCACCAGCCCCACGGCGCUGGGUCACCCCUUCCCUCACACACAGAACGGGCGUUUAGGGGAUGCAGACAUAGAGCGUCUGAAGCUGACCGACUCAUACAUAAACGGCACACAGUACAGAAUGGUGGACCCUGCACAUGGAGCUCUUGAUGAGAGCUACACACCUGAGGACGAAUCCCAUGAAGUACACUCGGUCUUUUCUGAGGAAGGAACCACCCGGGGGAUGAAUAAUGGGAUGAAGAAACCAAUUUCUCGUACAGUUCCACCCUCUCAUUCGUCUAUUGAUGGGAUGAUGUCGCCUGGUAUGGGCGUCCACAGUGCCACGCUGGACAGGCCUUACAGGCCCACUGGGGUUGGCGACUACCCCACUGCAACUGUACCCCGAAAUUAUCACUACGGUCCUGUGGGCGGGUAUGAGGACUACCGGCCGGGUCCGCCGUCUGAGGCCUACCCCAGUCUGAGCAGAGGCUCUCACAUGGACGAGCGAUACAGGCCUGUAGAUGGCUACAGAACUCUGGACUCUGGCUACAGAGCCCCCAGCCGCCAGCAGCUGGACCCGUACGCUCCGCAGCCCCAGGUCAGUCGAGGAAUGAGGGCUUUGGGUUCAGCGUUGGAGAUGAGGUAUGGCAUCGGCCACUACGGUCUGGAGGAUGAUCAACGCAGCAUGGGGUAUGAGGACUACAGCAUGGGGCCUCCACCUAUGCACCCUGGAGGCUACGGUACAAUGCCACGCCUUGGGCCGGGUCCAGGUGCAAUGGACAGACGCAGACUUAGGAGCUGUGAAGACACUUUGGAUGGAGAUGUGGGGGGAGUGGACCCCUAUACCUGGGCCGUUCCCAUACCAAUGGAUGGGAGUAGCAUGAUUUCACUGGAUAGCACGCUGAGAAAGGCCCCUCCCUCUUCAUGGAGGCAGCCAGAACUACCAGAGGUUAUAGCCAUGCUGAACUACCGCCUGGAUCCUGUCAAGACCAACGCUGCUGCCUACCUUCAGCACCUCACAUUCAAAAAUGAUAAGGUGAAGUCAGAAGUGCGUCGCCUGAAGGGCAUUCCAGCAUUGGUGUCAAUGUUGGACCAUCCCAGUAAAGACGUUCAUCACUCAGCCUGUGGCGCGCUGAAGAACAUUUCAUUUGGACGGGACGCUGAUAACAAGAUAGCCAUUAAGAACUGUGAUGGAGUCCCCGCCCUCGUCAGGUUGCUGAGGAAAACCAAUGACCAGGACCUCACUGACACAAUCACAGGCACCUUGUGGAACCUCUCCUCCCAUGAUUCAGUAAAGAUGGAGAUUGUGGACCAUGCUUUGCAUGCUCUAGCCGAUGAGGUGAUUGUUCCUCACUCUGGGUGGGAGAGAGGGAACAUCGGGGGAGAGGAGAGUUGCAAACCACGGCAUUUGGAGUGGGAGACCUCCUUGACCAACACUGCUGGCUGCCUUAGGAACGUCAGUUCAGAACGGAGUGAGGCCAGACGAAAGCUGAGAGAAUGCACAGGGCUGGUGGAUUCUCUUAUGUACAUUGUCCAGUCACAGAUCAACCGCAAAGAUGUGGAUAAUAAGUUGGUGGAGAAUUGCGUCUGCCUCCUGAGGAACCUUUCAUAUCAGGUUCACCGCGAAGUCCCCGGCUGCGAACGCUACGCAGAGGCAGCUCCAAUAAACCAGGGCCCAGCCUCGGCCAACAAGGGAGGCUGCUUUGGUUCCAGAAAGGGCAAAGAUGAGUGGUUUUCCAAAGGAAAGAAGGAUGGAGACAAUGGGAGUGCAGAUAAUUAUGAGUUCCCAAAGAGGGCAACACCUGCUAAAGGUUACGAGCUGUUGUACCAGCCAGAGGUAGUCCGUGUUUACACAUCUCUGUUCAAAGAAAGCAAGAACCCCUCUGUGCUUGAGGCGGCAGCCGGCGCCAUUCAAAACCUGUGCGCCGGUCGAUGGACUUUUGGUCGGUAUAUACGGACCAAUGUGCGUCUGGAAAAGGGUCUUCCCUUGAUCACAGAACUUCUAUGUCAUAAUAACGAUCGUGUCGUUCGGGCAAUGUCUGGAGCCUUGAGGAAUCUUGCUAUUGACAGUCGCAACUGUGAUCUCUUAGGUGUGCAUGCUGUGCCAAGUCUUGUGGCCAUCUUGCCUGGAGGGCAUGGCCAAUCCAGGAGUAAUCUGACUGAGGAAACGACAGUGUCUGUACUGAGCACUCUGACUGAGGUUCUUGGCAACAACCUGGAGGCAGCAAAGCAGCUCAGAUCCUCUUCAGGCAUUGAUAAGCUGGUCCUCAUCACUAAGGAUGGCAAAAGCUCUGAUCGUGAGGUCCGAGGAGCCGCUCAGGUGCUGCAGCUCAUCUGGGCUCACAAAGAGCUGCGCCGGCAGCUUGAGAAAGAAGGCUGGAAGAAGGUCGACUUCAUGGUGAACCUGAAUCCAAGCACCACAACCACCAAUGGACCCAGCACCAGAGCCAACGGCACCUACGAGGAUAGUACCACACCCUUACUGGACAGAGGAGAGAAGAGGGAUGUGAUUCCCAUGAAUGAUCUUGGCCCUGAUGCUUACUCUACACUGGACCAGAAGGAGAGGAGGCACACUCUGGAUGACACCAUAGACACUUUACCGCGGGGCGUGUAUGGGAGCAGAAAGGGCUCCUUGCCUCUGUUGGACUCCUACGAUGAAAAACUCAUAGUGUGCAUCACCCAGACUGGGCCGCCUCUGCCCUACCACUGCUACUGAGGUGAGGCGGACAUGGACGCCGUCUCCUCCUCUCCUCUCUCUUUAAGCUCCUCUCUUAUCGCCACGCAGCUGGGAUGAAAAGAUGAGGAUAAGCAUCCAAAGAAUGGUCGUGUCGCAGGCAAAAGAGUUGCAGACCGCAAACACACACCUAUUUCAUCCAACUGUAGCAGCAGAAAUGUAUUCAGUUCAUAAAUUAUAGUUGUCUUCUGUUGAGGCAAUCACCUUUGUUGACAAUCACUUAAUUCUGCAGCCGUCAUCCUGCUGUUUCCGUUUCUUUUUCCUGCUACUAAGUAAUCAAAUAAUUAUGGUCACUAUGUUGCUGCCAGCCCCUGCAUCCGUUUUAGAGCUCUGUAGGGUUUCUACUGUAUAUAAACGUGAAACAGGACGACUGCAUUAGUUUUGGCUCAUUAAUUUAACUCGUCCCUUUCCUGGUAAUGUUGGGAGGCUGUCUGCACUCCGAGGCUGCCCUGUAGAUGGAGAAUGUUUAUAUAGGAGUUAUUUUCCUGUCUAGAGUUAUUUUCUCUCUGUGGGAUCAGCACAGACCUGAAACGGUUUGUGUGUAUUUUUGUCAAAUGCUAAACCUGUGACUGUGUGUUUAUUGUCAAAAUGAGUAUGGACCUUUUUUUUUAUUUUAUUUCUUUUGAGUAAUAUUUUUGCUUGCACAGAGCAAAACAUCAUUAAUGUCCGACUGUCCUCUAUUACUUUAAGUUGUCUUAUGUUCCUGCUGCCUCUGUAAUCCUCCCCUAGCUGCUGUCUCUUUUUCUUUGCUUCUGGUUCAGCAGACUCAUCCAGUACAGCGUAUCAAACCUGGUACUGGGAGCAAACACUACAUGUAAACCACUAAUUGAACCAGUCCUGUCGGAAAAAAAACACAAGGUCAACGCGCUCCUCACUUUUCAAAUAAGCGUGCCAUGUAGCCAUUUAUACCUGCACCUCUAAAUCUAUUUAGAAAUAUGAAUUUCAGAGGAUUUUGUUACUCAGAGGAGACUCGAGUUUUCCUACAGAUUUGGGAGAAAGUUGUUUGAUUGAAAUCCAGGUCUGACCCCUUUGUUUUGUCCUCUGUGUGUCUGCUUUUUAUUUUAUUUUUGGGGCUUUGUCUAUGGAUGAGAGCAUUAUGCAAUUGUUUUUGGGUUAUUUUGUAUUUUAAUUUUAAUUUCAACUUUUACCAUGUUUUUAAAAACAAAAGAGACCAAUCUUUUUAGUUUUUGUUUUUUCUGAAUCUCUUCACACACAUGGUAUAUUUGUACUGUUGCCUAUCCAUGUAAAAUUAAGACGUUCCAUUCACACCUGCCUUGGCUCUGAGCAGUUGCUUUUUCAGUGAAGUAUGUAACUGGUAAUACUGUUGUUUUUUGUUUUUAUAUAAAUAAAGAUUUUUUUCUUAGACAA